AAAACUAAGUUGUUGGAGUAUUUUUACGUUUAUCUCUAUAAUUUCUUUACCAAUCUAUCUAUAAUUAGAUCAUAAGUGAUACAACUAUAUAUAGAAAUGGCAGAUAUCACUAAUUUGUUCAAAGCAACUGUCAAGGCAGUGAAAACUCGACAGAAGUCACAGGGUCUUGAAAUUGAUAAAAAUCAUAUCUUUCCCCAUGCAAAAGUGAAAACUGAAUUUUCUAAGAAAUCAAAGGAAGUGAUAAAUAGCAUAACACAACUUAGAGACUUUCUGCAGACCCAUAGAAAAGAUUAUAUCAACCCAUCUAGUUAUAUAAAGAGUGACAAGUCUGGUAUGACUGAUGCUGAACGAGACCAGAUAGAUGAAGAUGCCCAAUCAUUCAUGAAAACAUGCUCUGCUGCUAUUCAGUCACUAAAACAAUCAAGUAAUGAGAACAAUGUUUCCGAGCAGACUAGGGAUCAUAGGCAAGCUGUAUUUAAACUGAUGGACAAUUACCUUAAACUUGUAUGUAAGAUGUACAGUGAGCAAAGAGCAAUCCGAGUCAAGAGAGUUGUGGACAGGAAACGUAUUUCUCGUUUGGAACCUGAGCACAAGAGGUCUAAGAAGUCAGAGUUGAAUGAGGCUAAAACAGACAAAGAAACAGAUAUUAAAGAUGCAGAAACUAAAGAUUCAGAAGCCACUACUGAGCCAAAGAGGGUGCCCAGUAUACCAGUGUUUGAUGAUGAUGACAGUGCCAAUGAGGAGGAACUCAGCCCUGAAGAAGUUCAAUUGUUUCAGGCAGAGAAUGAGCAACUCUUUGAAGAAAUGAAUAGUAUGGUGGAUGAAGUGAGGCAAAUAGAAGGGAAAGUUGUUGAGAUAUCAAGACUCCAGGAGAUAUUCACUGAAAAGGUUCUAGAACAAGAAAAAGAUAUUGAUAGGAUAGCAGACACUGUGGUCAGCUCAACUGAGAAUAUAAAAGAUGCAAAUGAAGAAAUUAGAGAGGCAAUGAAAAAUAAUGCUGGUUUCCGAGUUUGGAUACUAUUUUUCCUCGUGGUGCUAACAUUUUCGUUGUUGUUCCUGGACUGGUAUAAUAACUAGACUGAUUAUUUUAAAUGCUGGAUUUACAAAAUGAAAGAUACAAUUUGGGGAAGCUGGAAUAGAUGAGACGAUAUAGUUUAUUUAAUGAUGGUGAAAUUUUUUCGUGAUCUGACUGACUCAUGUGAAACAAAUUUUCAAGCAGUAUGAUACAGAAUUUGUAUAUAACACUCAGACAUAUCUGUCUUUAAAAUAGUUCAUGCUAAACAAAUGUCGAACAUGCCAAGUACCAUUAUACAAAAAUUUUAUUUAAUGAUUUCUCAUAAAAAUUUUCUGAUGUGGGUAACAGAUGUGUAAUGCUUCUCAAUAGCUCAAAAUAAGCUAUACUGCCUGUAUAGCAUAUAUGUGAAUCUCCUUUUUACAUAGCUUGAUAACACGUAUCAUUACUUUAUAAUACUUCUUAAAGUAUGCACUUUGAAUCCCUCUCAUGAAUGUGAUUGAGGGAGAUUAUGUUUAAUGCUUGUAUGUACCAGCCUAUGUGUCAGUAUGGCCUUUCAUGUGUAUAUAUACACCGCUCAUCCCCACUCUAAAAUUACG